UUAGAGGGGGUUAAAGGACUCAUUUUCCCUGGUUUGAUCAGGAAAUCUAAGAAAGUGUGUUUAUUUGGAAACUUCUUAAUUCUUAGUUGUAUACAGGAAAGUUCUGUACAAGCAGGGUUAAGCACUAGCCUUUUUUCGCUUGUUUCAGUCCUCUUUAUAACUCUGUUUGUGGGUUUGUUUUUUUUUACAGUCACAGAGAGACUCAGAGGGCUCUCUUUUUCAGUCUGAAAUCUUGCCGGGGUUUUAACCUUCUAAGAUUUGUCACUGUUUUCUGUACUCUUUUUCUUUCCGUUUUGCCCUUUUGAUGUCUUUUCUGUCAGAUUAUUUAUCAGAUAAGGUUUCAACUUCUCUUUGACGAUUCGUGGCCUUCUUGCCUUUUCUUUUCUUUCUUCUGUUCUUUUUUCUUUAGAUGCGAAUAGUGAGAAUCUGAGAGAAAAUUUUCAGAACACGAUGAUGGACCAAAGUACUAUGAGUUUUCUUUGUCCCAUCAAAUGCACUGAACACCGAAACGUUACCAGAAAGUACACCAAACCAGCCUCUUCAAAACCCAAUAAAAAACUUUCCGAUGAUCGGAAUCUCCCGGAAACCAACCCCGUUACAGUAGUCUCCAGAGUUGUACGGAUAUCUAUGACCGACCACGAUGCCACAGACUCUUCAAGUGAUGAAGAAGGAGAGUUGUUUGGCCGCCAGCGGGUGAAACGCUAUGUGAAUGAGAUCAACAUCGAACCGAGUUGCAGUAAGCCCAGUAACGUUCCUGCCAUUGCAACUAAUCGGAAAAGAGCAGCUGAUGUCGCUACUUGCCGGAGACCUCUAAAACAAAUGUCUUCAACAAAUAAUGGAAAGAAGUUUCGCGGUGUACGGCAACGGCCUUGGGGAAAAUGGGCGGCUGAGAUUCGAGAUCCUGCACGACGUGUACGUUUAUGGUUGGGUACUUACGAUACAGCUGAAGAAGCUGCAAGGGUUUAUGAUAAUGCAGCCAUCAAGCUUCGAGGUCCAGACGCUUUAACAAAUUUCUCUACACCGCCAGUUCAAGAACCAGAAGAAGAAGAACGACAAGAACAAGAAGAAGAAAAGCCCGAAGUUAAUGUUUCGUCUACAGUUUCGGGUUACGAAUCGGGUGAUGAGUCUCAAAGUCACAACCUUUCUUCUCCAACUUCUGUUCUCAAUUUCAGAACUCAUUCUUCUUCUGAAGAAACUGAACCAGAAAAAGAAAAACUCGUAAAACUGGUUAUUGAAGAAGAAACAGCGAUGGUAGAGUUUCAAGGUGAAACAACGACGAAUUUGUGUAAUGAAUCAGCCGAUUUCUUACCGCUUGAUUUGCCUUUCCCGCUCGACGAGUUUUUCAGCAAUAUUCCAACUCCAGAACUGUCGUUUUUUGAAGACAACAGCGCCCCGAUUUUUCAAGACUGUAUGUUCAGUGACGAUUCGAAUGACAUGUUUCUCCAAACAUUGCCUCAAGAUUUUGCUUCAGCUUCUCCGUCUUCUCCAUGUCAAGUGGACGACUAUUUCCAAGACAUCGGCGAUUUGUUCUUUUCAGACCCUCCUCUUGUGGGACUAUGAAUGAGAGUAAAACAAUGAGUGAGUCAGUGACUGUGAGUGAGUGAUUGUCACCGCGUUUUGCUUGCCGGUCUUCCGGCAGAUUUUGUACCGGCGGUGCCUAAAGAACGACUAGUUUUGUUAUAGUACUUAGUUUUUUUUUUUUAAUUAUUUAUUUGUUUACUAAAUAUCUCCGUUAAAUAUAACGGAGUUUAGGCUCUUAAGAGUUGAGUGGAGUUUUGCUAUAACAUGUGUCAUCAUAAUAACAAUAAUUAGGCUUGUUAAAAUUGUAACAUUUCGGUGAGAAUUAA